AUGACAGAUUUCUAUAUGCCAAAUUUAAAAAAGAGUUGACCGUUCUCUUCAAACGUUUAUAUUUUUCUAUUGUAACUGUUUAUAUGAAUUGCCUCAAGAAACAUCUUAAUAGAUUAAUUAUAUUGCUUUUGGAUUCUAAAAAAAAUACUUAUUAAUAAUGGCUGAAUCUCUGUUUGAUAUAUUUGGUGAUCACUUAACAAGGCAGACUAUGAAAAAUGUUUCGCGCCAACCUAUAGCAAACAUUGAAAAUAUGGGGAAGACUGUAUCAACUGGUCCGAUUAAACCAAAUGAGCCUUUAAAAAAGGGAGACGCAAAGAAGUCAUUUCUUUCAAAUGCUGGUAAAGCUCUUCAAAGCACUCCAGCAAGGAAAGCAUUUACACCACGAGCUGUGAAUGUGGGUUCUCUCAUAUACAAUGAUGCCAGAGCAGAAACUAAAAAUAAAGAAUGGAAUACUGAAGAGUUGGAGUUUACAAAACCUUCAAAGAAAUAUGAUUCUUACCCUAGGGAUCUAUUUGGUUAUCUUCAAGUACCAGAACCACCGAUUCUGAGGCAGUUCUCCCCACCCACCACUCCACCACCAACUAUAGCUCAGCAUAAUGUUGAAUUUGAUUGUUCUUAUGAGGACGAGUUCUUUAAAGAUGAGUUUUCAAAUGACAGCAUCCCGAAUGAAGAUCUUGGUCUCCCUGAUUUAUAUUAAAAAGAGUUCAACUCAUUUAUCCAUUGUCUAAAAUCUAAUUUAUGUACUUUAUAUUGACUUUAUCAAUUUUCUGUAAUUAUUGGAUAAAAAAAAUAUAAACACAUUUUAGAUUUUGUAUUGUUUGUGAGAAAUUUAAUAUUUAGUUACAUCGUUUAGAAGUACAAACAGUAAGUUUUGGCAAUAAUUACUAUAAUUAUUACAGCAAUGACCUAAAGUUAAAACCUGGAAAUAUAACUAUUAAAGAUCUUCUAAGUAAAUUGUGAUGCACAGAAAUUGAUUUUAUAAUAUGAAAAUAAAUUAAUUCAAAUCAAUUCAAUGCCAUAAAUAUAAAUGUUCACUAUAACAUAAUGACAAAUUUUUAUUAAUUAAUAGUGUUGACCAUAUUGUGUAUAGGACACAAGGGACAUUUUCAUAUGAGUAUUAGCAAACACCACUUUAUUAUUAAUUCAUUCACCACCUACAGAUAGUGAGUGCAGCCUCUUUUUUAAUUAAAGAGGCAGAUUUCAAGAGUUUAGUUUUUUUAAAUUUGAAUAAAACAAGAAACACUAAAAUUGGAAUACUGCUAUAUUAUAUUUAUAUUGCUAUAAAAACAGGUUUUUAAGGAAUUUUUAUUUUUUAUUAAUUUCUAUUUUAAUAAGAACAUGUUUCAUCAUCUUACAGAAAAUUUUAGGUUCAAAACUUCAGAAUUAGGUUUUGUCAUAGACCUCUUUGCUCUAAUUGAUAAUUAAGUCCAAUUAAUAUGUAUGUUAAUUACGUAAGCAUGUAAUAUUUAUCACAAUAAAUAUUACACAUGUUAUGGGUAACAGCAUUUUUUCUAUUUAUUGCCAGAGUUUGUAGAAGACAUUGACAAAAUCUGUAAGGACAAUAAGUGCUAGCACUAUUAAAGCAAGAAUUUACAAUAUAAUUGUUUUGUAUACCUUAUAGAUAUAUUAUUAUAAGUAUGAAUGAUUUAUCUCCACAUAUUGACUUCAAUAUUCCUGGAUAUUACUAAAUUAUAAGCAAAGAUUUUCAUGGUCUUUUA